AUGUCGGCGUUUCGUGAUUCAGCAGAAUGCUACGGUAGGGAAUCGCUCUGUUUCUACCCUGUCUUGAAUCCAUUUGUUUCUUGGUAUGUUCUUAUCGGGGGUGACCUGUGCUAUCUCAUCGUCGUGUUUCUACUAAGAAAAUGGAUGGAGUCUCGAAAGGCGUUUGAUACAAGCAAACCGAUGAUUGUGUACAACAUUGUUCAAAUCAUACUAUCAGCUGCAAUGGCAAUUUACUUGGCACCACACUUGAAGAAUGGCGUGUUUAACCUGAACGGACGCUUUUGUGCGAGCAUUGAAUUAUGGGUUUUUGUGCACUACUGUAGCAAAUAUCUGGAUAUGCUCGACACAGUGUUCAUGGUGUGUCGUAAAAAGGAUGACCAGUUAUCGUUUCUUCACAUUUAUCACCACACCACAAUAGGAUUCAUCUGGGGUCUUCUCUUAAGGAAUGGCAUUGGUAAUGGUACGGCCUUUUUUGGCGCAUGGAUUAAUUCUGCAGUUCACUUCUUNAUGUACUCUCAUUACCUUUGGACUUCGUUGGGCUUUGAGAAUCCUUUCAAGGCUUUGCUCACAAAAAUUCAAAUGUUUCAGUUCUUGUUGUGUAUUUUGCAAGCUGUUCUGGUUCCACUCUACGAUCGACAAUUCUCUCUAGAGUGGUCUCUGGUUCAAUUGACAUACCAUAUAACCCUUUUUCUGCUUUUCCUAGACUUCCACCAGAAGUCUGUAAAGAAGAGACCGCGCAAGGUUAAAGGGAAAGAGCAGUAG